ACACCGCCUGUAUAAAGUGCUGUGGUCCGCUUGCCUGAGUGGUUUGUCAAGGGAGCAGCAGAUGCACCGGUCCAGCCUGGUUUAAGUCCGCUAAGAAGCCACUAGUCCAAUUAACCGAGACGAGGCGGAAAUCCACGCACGUAGGCUCUUACACCAACUUAACCGCUCCUGGGCUCGACGAUGGAUAUGAGCGCCGCUCCGGUACACGCUGAGGACCUGACGCGACAUCCCGCCAUCCGCGAACAAGUUGGAGCAGCAGCGACGCAGAGCCAGCAGUGAGAUGCCGCUGUGUUUUGAGCGACCGUAGACGCGAUUUCGGGGCUCAAACAGUAAAGCCUUUUUUCGUAAGCUCCCGGAGAGUUAGCCGUUACAGGCCUGGGGCGCGCGUCACUCGGCGACGCUGCGGAGUUUCCUCGGACCGCUCGUGAAGGUGCAUCGUUAACAUGGAAACGCUCACUGAUGUGCUGCUCGUCACCGCAAAUGUCGGGUCACUCUUUGACAAUUUGGGUGAAAUUCAAAGUGAAUGGUUACAAGAAUUGUAUAAGACUAUCCACACCUAUAAGCCACAGUUCAUCGCCCUGCAUUUCCAGGAGGUGGGAGGGAAGGACUACAUGGUGAACAUGGGCCAUGCAGAAAACUUCUUCCGGAGCAUUGAGUCCAAUGAGAAAAUGAAAGACUAUGACAGAGUCUGCAUCUAUGUGGACAACCAGUUCCAAACAGAGGACGUCUUUACGGCCCUCGGGAGCAUGUACUUCAUCCACAAGACACUGAAUAAUAUCUAUCAAUAUGACUUUAACGUUAAGGAUUUUAAAGCAGUGUCAGGGCAGAACAAGUACAUGGGAUCUCUGGACAGGGUCACCACAGUGGAGAAAGAAAAAUUCCCAAAGAAUUUCUGGCCUGAUUUCAAGUGGUCCAGAAAGGGCUUCAUGAGGACCCGCUGGAUCAUACACAACCAAGGUUUGGACCUGGUCAAUGUCCACCUGUUCCACGAUGCCUCCAACCUCACUGCCUGCGAAUCCAGUCCUUCCAUUUACUCAGCCAACCGCAAAAACGCUCUCAGUUAUGUCAUCAACAGGAUAUCAGACAGCCGCUACACUCCCCUGCCUUUCUUCCUGUUUGGAGAUUUCAACUUCCGUUUGGACACACUUAGCCUUGUCCAGCAUCUGUCCACCACGGCAGAUGUGCAGACAGUGAAGAAGGACAGCAGUAACGAAGUGGAGAAAAUCAUCUGCGAAGAGAAAGACAAUGACCAUCAGGUGUUGCUCCAAAUUGAGGAGAAGCUCUUUACGUACCUGCACCAGGCGUAUUUCAGGGAGGACAACGUCCCAUCACUUUUGAAAUAUGACAAAGAAGUUGCAGCCUUUCAUGAUGUUAUUACUGAAGAGGACAUCAAGUUUCCACCCAGCUACCCCUACAGUGAAGAGUACACUAAACCAACCCAGUACAUGAACACUCGCUGUCCUGCCUGGUGUGAUCGUAUCCUCAUGUCACAUACUGCUCAAAAAUUCAUCCACAGGAGAGAUGACUGUGAGAAGGCCAUUGUUUACAACACAGUGGGCCCUAAUGUCUGUAUGGGAGACCAUAAGCCCGUUUUCUUGUUCUUCUCACUGAAGACAAAUGACCAUUGACUUGGAUCCUUCUCCAUGGUCCUCCAUCCUCUGAGCUCUGCCACAGUAUCAGUACCAGAGGGAAUUUAGCGCGAUGGUCACCCACUACAACCCAACCGGUCGGCCAGCCGCAGGGCUCGAACACCCCAUCCUCACAUCACUGUCAUCUGCUCUGACCGCCACAUACUGUCGACCACAGCUUUAGUGACUUGCGAACACGUUUCUGCAGCUGUCAUGAAUUUUUCGGAGGCAGUUUUCCACAGUCUUCUCACUCUCACAAGUCCCCUGACUUCAAAAACCCAGUCACACUGAGGAUGUUCCGAGAAUUCCUGUGGUACAAUACCGUGAUAUGAAGAUGAAUGAUAUGUGACUGUGGGCCAUGCUCUUAAUAUGGAUGUGUACAUGCAUAUGCAAAACAUUCUUAAAUUUUUUUAUGUGAUUUUAGUUGUUGCAUUUUUAAAAAUCUGCCUUUGUUUUUUGUUUUUUUUUUUUACAGGCACUGUCAGACAGACCCCAACCAACGCAUCACAAGUUUACUCAUUCAUUGGCCUCUAAAUAAUUUAAUAAAUCCGCCCAGGUAGUCAGGCCACAUUGUACCAACUGAACUGGAUAGUCCAGUAUGAUGAAACAUAGUGUAGGUAACUUGUAGCUAAAGAUUUAGAUGAAUCAUGAGUCAUAGUGUUUGUAAGAAUUCAAUCAUGAAAACAAAACUAAAUGGGAUUUCUAAUAUCAACUAUUAGACAUCAGUCCUGUUGACUACAUGUGUAUACUUUUAUUUUGUAUUUGAUGCCAUUUUUAGUUGUGGUAUUUAUUUUUUUUAAGUUGUUUACUAUGACUGUAAGCAGGAUCUUUCACAGCAGAAGAAUCCAAGAAGGGUUAAAUCGAGGCCAACUGGAUACUUGUAGAUACUUGAAGAUGUUUCAGCUCUCAUCCAAGAAGUUUCCUGAGUUUCAAAACUGAAGAACAACCAGUCCAGUUGCCGUUGUUCCAGCCUUUCUUGGACAGCCGUGUCCUGAAAGCCUGGGAAUCUCCACAGACACAGUAAAGGAAUGCUGCUAGCUCAGAUUCCUGUUUUUGCUCAGAUGUCUUCUGUAGAUAAAACGCUUAUGAAGAAUUUCUCACCAACGCGUCGUCUUUCGUACAUGUAGCUACUUCACACACAGCGGCUUUAACUAGGUCAGAGGUCUCCUGACCACGUGACAAAAUCAUGAGGAUUUUCAUAAACAUAUGUAAAGUUUUUUUUAAUAGUGGCAUUAUUUAGAAAUGACACUAGGCAGUCAUAAGAUUUUAAAGCAACAUCAAACUAGCUGCACCAGUUUUGUCUGUUUGUGAAAGCUGUGGUAGGGGCUGAACUUAUUAACAUAACACAGAGACAGAAUCUUUUACCCUGUUGAAUUGAUAGUGACUUUCUGUCUGUGCACCAUUUAUACCAAGUGCUUUAUUCCCCAAGGUGCAACUCAGCAGUUCUCAGUUCGUCAGUUUUACCUGUCCUCGCUCAGAGAAACCCCGUUCUGGUUGGCAUCAACCUUAUUUCAUUGCCAAAAGAAUUAUUCUGCAGGCCUCGUGUGUCGACUUCUGACUGUAGUUUAAGGAGUGUGGAUGUUUGAGUCACAUGGCUUCACUAAAACAUCACAAAAUCCUUCAUAAAUACAGUGUGUGUGUAUAUAUAUAUAUAUACACACACACGUGGAUUCACUAACAACACAAAAGUUUGAUUUUUGGAUUUCUUAGAUUUUUGUCUUAAUUUCUUCCCUAGAUUCAUAGUCUCAUACUGUAGCUCCAGUGCUGUAAUGAAUUUUUGAUGUGUGGAUAAUUGGUUUGAUUUUUUUUUUCUGUCUGGCUUUAAUAAUGGCCCAGAGAAUUUAGAAUACAUUUGUGGUUUGUUACUUAUUGUAUUUUUAUUUUGUUUCUUUUUUGGAGUGUUUUGUGAAAGUUCUUUUUCCUUAAACAACUUAGUGGUACAGCACUCACUAUUCAUACAACAAAAAAAAACUCUUUCAUGCAGAAAUUCACAGAUUUCCUGUCUGUCAUAUUUGUACAAAGGAGCUGAAUCCUUGCUCUAACAAGAUUAAGUUAAGACUCAUUAAUGCAAAUGUCUGUGUAGAUUGAGAAGAGUUUGUAAGUAAUAAACUUUUAGCGGUUCGUUAUUGACCAGUCAUGGGAGUGGAGUUGGUUAUAAGGCCAGUAAUAGCUUUAGAUUAACUCUGGUCCAACACUACAUCAUUGUGAGAUUUCACUUUUGUAAAUAAAAUAUUACCCUCUUAAAUAAGUUGCAUGGUCUAGCACUGUGAUUUACAGUAAAUGCAGUCAGUGUUUCAGUGAAGAACUUUGAGACUGAUAGGUUUGGCUUUUGGGAACAAGCACAGUCAUGACUUAACAGUUCAUUUCAGUCAGACCUGUAUUUUAAACCCUGAAAGGCUGGGUGAAGUACUGCAUGCCACAGCCGCCAUGUUUCUGAAUGCCUUUGACCUUCUGGGUAUAGUUGACUAUAACUUAACUGGUCUUAGCUGUAGUGACCUAAAAGUUACAAGACAGAAAUAAAGAGAUUAGACUUUUAUUAUUACAUUUUAAUUCAAGUUAUUUUGUUUUGAAGAAAAUCACACAAAUUUUUGUGCUGGUCAGAUUAAAGAAAUGUGAACUGGAUUCAUGCAAAAUGGACAUUCAGCCUGCUCUAACACAGGGUCUAUAUUACUGUAUGCCUGUGUAAUGCAUUCAGUUUCUAUAGUUUUCCAGAAUUCAGCCAUGGAUUGAGCUGCACUUUUUUUAUGGCAGAAGAAAAAUUACAUCUAAAACAAACGAGAAAUCCAGCCUGCCCUCUAAAGCUGAAAUGAGCUGUCUAUUGAGGACAUGUUCAGACUGAAAGUCUUCAAGGGCCAACAAAUCAACAGACUGAUUUUAACCUUUAUUGCAUUUAAUUUUUGGGUGUGGGCGUAGGUUGACAGAGAUAGCUCCAGAUUUAAAACUUUAAAAAAAAUUUAACAUCACAGUCGCAUUUUAUUGUCUCCUGAAAAUUCAGAAAUCACCCAAUGGCUUUUAAACAUUUUGUAUUUUCAUGGCUCUGAUAUGGUCUUGAACAACAUUUACACAAUGACAGAAUUGGCAAUUUAUGAUAUUGACAUCAAUACAGAUUCUGUACAGUGUUUGGACACACCAGUGUAUUUUAUUGUCUUUGAAGUGAGUGUCUCAGCAGCAUUCCUCGGCUUUUCCUUUGACAGAAUCAUCUGGCCUGGUGUCAGCUGCCUGAACCAGAUGGAGUCUAAACUCACUGAGCCUAAACGCUGAAUGAGCUGCUCUGUUACUAUUGAUUUUAUGUUGGAGUGGGUUACGGGGGUCAUUAUCUUCAAUUAAGCCAUACCACACUGGUAAAUCACACAAGAUUUGACCUUUGGCCUUUGCACUUCUCUUCAGCUUUUGUGCGUUUCGGCUUGCAGUUUCAUUAUAACUGUCACUUGACAGCACAUGCACUGGCAGAACGUGAGUCAGUGCAGGCAAAUAAUAUAAGUUUAAGUUUGAGUUUGCAUUUAAAAGUAAGAAAAUGAAUGACCAACUUUGAUAAAUAAUCCACAAUAAUUUAUUGUGCAUGUUACAUUUUGUUUUGACAUUGUCCACCUUAACAUUUU